UGUUAUAUUAGUCUACAAGACAUUGUUGAUUUCCGGUGUGUGUGGUAGUGAAUUUGAUCCCUACUCCUUACCGUGUCAUACUAAAAUUUGUAGGUUAAACUAGUUUUAGUUAUUUUAUCUUGGUAUUAAUAUGGUAAUUCACUCUGAAAGUUUACAGAUAAUAGAUAAAUCAAUGGACGAAAAAAUAGUUGUUCGUAACAAAGGAGGAGGCUGCAUUGUAAAGCAUUCACCAUUAUUUUCAUCUGAUGGAAAAUAUGUGUACAUUCUGUGUGGUUGGUGUGUAAGUGCAUACAGUGUACAGACAGGAGAAUGUGCUUUCCAGUUUGUGUCGAAGAGCAGGGAAGAGCUGGUGUCCAUUGCUACUUACGGGGACCAACUGUGUACAGUCACGGCCUCCGGGAAUCUUGCAAUUUGGAAGAGCAGUGCAAGUGGUCCAAGAAGGCAGUUGGUAAGCUUGCA